CGUAGUUGCCUUAACCCGGAACACCAACACCAAAUUUUACUCGCAGACAAGCUGAUUAGCGUAACGAUGAGCUCGGCUAGAGUGAUGGUUUGCGCCAUGGCUUUCGUUCUGGCGUGCUUGGCAGCCAUGCCGCCUGCAUCCGCAGCCUUGGGAGACGGAGGGAUACUGUAUAUCCCGUCCGCCGCCUCUUUAGCUCACUGCCCCUCCAGCUGCGGGGACGUCAAUAUCUCCUACCCCUUCGGCAUAGGGGCGGGCUGCUUCCGGCAAGGUUUCGAGGUUACCUGCGACAACACCACUCAGCCUCCAAAGCCGUUACUGAUGAGUAACAGUACAACUGAGAUCACUAAGAUACAUUAUGAUGGGUUUGUUGAGGUCCCUAUGUUCUUCAACAGUUCCUUUGGACCAGGUAGGAACAAUAUGUCUUGGGAGUGGGAGGCUCCCGCUAAGGGUAUUACUAUUAUCAGAUAUAACAAUUUCAUUGUCCUUGGAUGUGACUUUGAUGUCAACUUGUUCGAUUAUGAGAGAAACCCUGUCGGCUCCUGCAUGAGUAGGUGCCACGGGGAGGUAUUGCCAACUCGAGGGUCUUGCAGCGGGAUUGGUUGCUGUUUCAUCGGUUUAUCCAAUGCCAUGUCAGGCUUUCAGGCAACAUUUUCUCGGGCUGAUGGUAUGGCAGGACAAUCAUCAGGUUCUAUGUACCCUCGCAUCAUGGCUUUCAUAUCAUAUUUGGGUGGCACGAGUAACGUGACUGACCUUUUAUUGGGUUGGACAAACACAAGCAAGAUCUAUGGUGCUUAUGUUGACGUUGCCAUCACGGAUCAACCAAGCUGCGAAAGCGCGCGAAUGAACAGCGCAAGUUAUGCUUGUGCCACCAACAGCAUUUGUAGUAAUGCGUAUGCGUCAUCAUAUGGUGGUUACCACUGUUACUGCUCCGGUUAUUACGACAAUCCUUACCUUUCCGAAGGUUGCACGCAAGAUUACAACCCUGAGCCUAAAGAACACUGCCGGAGGUCAUGUGGAACCAUGAACAUUUCCUUCCCUUUUGGGCUCGAAGAAGGUUGUUUUGGAAACGAAAAGUUCCGACUUAAUUGUACAGUAGCAAAUUACACGCUUUUUAGCAUAGGAGAUACACAGUACCUUGUGACUGGUGUCUCCUUAGAAGAUGGAACUUUGACUGUAACAAACAUGCUAAGCAAUGCGAGCACCAGAAAAGAAGCGAUAAUAAUUUCCAUUGACGAGAGCGGAAGUGUGGACUUGAACGGCCCCGUGGAAGAUCGAUUUGAUGUUUCUAUGGAAUAUGACAUUGCCAUAAGAUGGGCGGUUACCAAUUCAACCUGUCAACAUGCUUCGCAGAAUAUAACUGAGUAUGCAUGCCAGAGCGUAAACAGUGAUUGCCUACACGUAACCCAUGGGAAAAUAUUUAUGGGAUAUCGUUGCAAGUGUUCUCCUGGCUUCGAAGGAAAUCCGUACAUACAGGACGGCUGCACAGGUCUUGCAAUUGGAAUCAGUUGUGGCAUUGGCUCCAUAAUUAUUGCAUUGGGUGUAAUCGUACUUGCCAAUAAGUGGAAAAGAGGCAUCCAAAAGAGAAUCAGAAGAGCACACUUCAAGAAAAAUCAAGGCCUGCUAUUGGAGCAAUUGAUUUCUGAUGAAAGCACCACAAGCAAAACUAAAAUAUUCUCAUUGGAGGAACUAGAGGAGGCAACAAACAACUUUGAUGCUACUCGUGUUCUUGGUCGUGGAGGACAUGGCACAGUUUAUAAAGGGAUUCUAUCAGACCAACGUGUGGUGGCCAUAAAAAAAUCCAAAAUUGUGGAGCAAAUAGAGAUCGACCAGUUUAUCAAUGAGGUUGUCAUUUUGUCUCAAAUCAUCCAUCGCCAUGUGGUGAAACUAUUUGGUUGCUGCCUAGAAGAUGAGGUGCCAUUGCUUGUCUAUGAGUUCAUUUCAAAUGGCACUCUGUAUGAACUUCUUCACUCUGAUACUACAGUAAAAUGCUUGCUUUCAUGGGAUGAUCGCAUUAGGAUUGCAAUGGAAGCAGCAGGGGCACUUGCUUAUCUACACUCAGCUGCUACAAUACCAAUUUUCCACAGAGAUGUUAAGUCUUCAAAUAUACUCUUGGAUGACAACUUCACCACAAAGGUCUCAGACUUUGGUGCUUCAAGAUCUCUUUCGCUUGAUGAGACUCAUGUGGUUACGAUUGUCCAAGGUACAUUUGGAUACUUGGACCCAGAGUACUAUCAUACUGGCCAGCUUACUGAAAAGAGUGAUGUAUAUAGUUUUGGAGUAAUACUUGUUGAACUUUUGAUAAGGAAGAAGCCAAUUUUUAUCAAUGAUUUAGGUGCUAAACAAAGCCUAUCACAUUACUUCAUUGAAGGACUUCAUGCAGGGUCCCUUGUAGAAAUACUGGAUAAACAAGUUAUGGAAGAGGCAGACCAGGAAGAGAUUAAUGAAAUCGCCUCACUUACAGAAGCAUGCUUAAGGGUCAAAGGAGGAGACAGACCGACUAUGAAAGAAGUAGAUAUGAGGUUGCAAUUUUUAAGAACAAAGAGACUUAGAAAAGGUUUAGCUAAAAAAGAUGCAGAUAUUGAGCCUUUGUUAUGCCCACAAGAUAAGAACUUAUAUGGGCAUAUCGAUCUUGUCAAUGCUGGGAGCUCUGGGUGCUACAGUUUGGAGCAAGAUUUUGCAUCUUUGCCACGCUAAUUACAUUUGUGCAAGAUAAUCGAUCGAUGGCUUGCUUGGAUGUUGAAUAUAAUGCAUCUGAGGUGCAUCAUGUAUUUAAUUGAAGAUUCACAUUAUAUUAGUUUCCUUUCGAUGAUACUAUAUCACAUAGAUGCAUUUCACGUGUACAAUAUAUUGUAGACCGCGACUGUUGUAUACUCUUUAUAUUUGUACAUAAGUCAUUUUACUAAA